CCUGCUGCUGCUGUUUGCAGGGCGGGGGUACGGUACGGGUACGAGCGAAAUUGUUAUGUUGUCGAUCGAUGAAACUAUUGGUGGCGCUAUCACAUGUAGUUGCGGCGGCGUCCUUUUCCCCGGGCUCUUGAUCGUCAUGCCACGUAGUAAAACAAAAAGCCGCAGUCGCAGCCGAGGUCGCAGCGACCGACGCGAUAAGGGGCGGAGCAGGAAGAACCGAGGGGGGUCCGUCUCUUCUAGCUCUGGUAGCAGCUCUGGAAGCUCCAGCUCUCGAAGCCGUUCCAGUUCCAGCGGGUCAUCCUCCAGCGGUUCAGGCAGUUCCCGUUCCAGCAGCAGUUCCUCCAGGUCAAGCAGCAGCAGCAGUAGCGGGAGCAGCAGCAGCUCAGGAAGCCGCCGCAGCGGCACCCGACGGAGCACAGACAGGAAAGGACGGGAAGACAGAAAGGGGAGAGAGAGAAAGAGCAGAACAAAAUCCAAGUCCCCCCGGCGUCGCAAGCGCAGUCCUUCCCCCAAACCCUGCAAGCUCCACAUCGGCCGGCUGACCCGUAACGUCAACAAGGAUCAUCUGAUGGAGAUCUUCUCCAACUACGGGGUGGUCCGCAGUGUGGACUUGCCCUGUGACCGCGCCCACACUCACCUGAAUCGCAGCUUUGCCUAUGUGGACUUUGAGAAACAUGACGAUGCAGAAAAGGCUCUCAAGCACAUGGAUGGAGGUCAAAUUGAUGGGCAGGAGAUCACUGCCGCCUACGUCUUAGCUCCAAGGCCCCGCCCAAUGAGACGCUCACCACCAAACCGGGGUAUGCCACCAUGGAGGAGGUCCCCGCCAAGAUUCAGAGACGAUAGAAGAAGAAGACCCCCACCUCCAAGGAAGCGAUCGCCAAGACCCCGUUCCAGAUCACGGUCUCGUUCCCGCUCGCCGAUACGCCGCCGCCGUCGCAGCCGAUCAAGCUCCAGUUCCUCUCGCUGAGAUUCCUUUUCUGCUCGCAAAGAUUUCAAACUGCUGUUCCUGGUUACAGGAGCCCUCUUAUUCCUGACAGAAUGCCAACAUGCUGUUCUGCCUUUGUUUGAAUUUGUUAAGGAAAUUUAAAUGUUGGCAUAGAUGUAUUAAA